AUGUCGUUCAAGAUUGUGACGAUACUUGGCUGCGGUUGCGAUACGGUUGGCUGCUCUGGUGGAUCUCGGUUUGUGGCGGGCGGAAACCGCAUCGUCGGCGGAUUCGCGAUCGACAUUUCCGAGACUCCGUAUCAGGUAUCGCUUCAGUAUCGUGGAUCGCACAAUUGUGGCGGUUCCAUCAUCGCCAUUGGUGUUGUCUCGUGGGGAUACGGUUGUGCCAAGACUGGCUAUCCAGGUGUCUACGCUCGUGUGGCCUCCGUUCGUGACUGGAUUCGUCAGAACUCCGGUGUGUAA